AUGCAACCUCUUCAUGCAUGCACUUUUUGUCUCACAUCUACAACAUCUACUUAUGCGACCCUAAAUCCCUCUACUCGUGCCACACUUGAUUUUGCAUCAACUCUACCACCUCCUUGCUAUAAAUACUCUUCUUUCCAAGCAAGUAUAUCAACCUCAGUUCAAAUGGGGAGCCUUGAGUCAAACCUGCCAGAGACUAGCCAAUUCAAGCCACUAGACCCUGAAGAAUUUAGAAAACAAGCCCAUCAAGUGGUUGAUUUCAUUGCAGAUUACUACAAGAAUGUCGAAACAUAUCCAGUUCUCUCUCAGGUUCAACCUGGCUACCUCCAAACCUGCCUCCCUGGAACCGCCCCGUACCGACCCGAACAGUUUGCUACUAUCCUUGAAGACAUUCAAAAUCACAUAAUCCCUGGCAUGACUCAUUGGCUAAGCCCUAAUUUCUUUGCAUUCUUUCCUGCUACAGUAAGUACUGCAGGUUUUCUUGGAGAAAUGUUGUGCACCUGCUUUAAUUCUGUUGGGUUCAAUUGGCUUGCUUCACCUGCUGCUACUGAGCUAGAGAUGAUUGUUUUGGAUUGGCUUGCUAACAUGCUUAAGCUACCCAAAACAUUCUUGUUUUCAGGUUCAGGUGGUGGUGUCAUUCAAAACACAACAAGUGAAGCAGUUCUUGUAACACUCAUUGCAGCAAGAGACAGAGUUCUCAACAACAUUGGUGUCCAAAAUUUGUCUAAGCUUGUGGUUUAUGGUUCUGACCAGACACAUGCAAUGUUCCCUAAGGCAUGCAAAGUGGCUGGCAUAAAUCCCUGUAACAUAAGGUUAAUACCAACUACCAUUGACUCAUGUUUUUCUCUAUCUCCUGUGGCACUCCGUACGGUCGUGGAAGCUGAUGUGGCAGCUGGAUUGGUCCCACUUUAUCUUUGUGCAACUGUGGGGACUACUUCAACCACUGCCGUUGAUCCCAUCGGGCUGCUCGCCGACGUGGCAAAUGCUUAUGGCAUGUGGGUUCAUGUGGAUGCUGCUUAUGGUGGUAGUGCAUGUAUCUGUCCAGAGUUUACGCACCACUUCAAUGGCAUUGAAAGCGUUGACUCUUUGAGUUUAAGCCCACACAAAUGGCUACUCACUUAUUUGGAUUGUUGUUGCUUAUGGGUGAAAAAUCCAAGCUUACUAGUGAUGGCAUUGAGCACAAAUCCUGAGUACUUGAGAAACAACCCGAGCGAGUCCGAUUCGGUUGUGGAUUUUAAGGAUUGGCAAAUCGGUACCGGUCGCAGGUUCAAAUCCCUCCGAUUAUGGCUCGUAUUGCGUAGCCACGGCACCGCCAAUCUCCAAAGCCACAUCCGAUCCGACAUCCGAAUGGCCAAAACGUUCGAGCGGCUCUUGAAAUCCGACCCCCGUUUUGAAAUCGUGGUGCCUAGACAGUUUGCAUUGGUAUGCUUUCGACUAAACCCGGAUAACCAAUGCAGGUUCGAUCACACCGAGUUACUAAACCGGAAACUACUCGAAUCGGUGAACUCGACCGGCCGGGUUUAUAUGACCCACACGAUCGUCGGUGGGGUAUACAUCCUGAGAUUUGCAGUGGGGGCCACACUUACUGAAGAAAGCCACGUGGCCGCUGCGUGGAAGUUGAUAAAAGAAGCAGCUGAUGCAUUGCUUAAGGGUGCAUGA